AUCCAUUAACUUGUCGCUAGUUGAGAUUUGAAGCACGCUAAUAAAUACGCUUUCUGGUGUUCGAAAAAAAGUUUGACGGCUACACUUAGCGAGAAUGAAUUAUAUUUUCUAGGAAGGAAUUUACUAUUUAAAAGCAAUAUUUCUUUCAAAAGCCUUCGCGAAAGGCAUUAUAACUGGACAUAAACUGAAGCAAUGCACAUCUGUCAUGCAUGCAAAGAAGCACGUUUCGAAUGCUUUGAAUUAACCGAAAAGCAAGUGAUGGCCUUACAAAUAUGCUUUGCAAGUUUUGCUUAAAUUUCUUUAUGUUAAAUAUAUUUAGUAGAAACAGAGUGUGUAGAAACUGUGUCAGAAUUUUCAUUUUGGUUAGCACUAUUGGAAUUUCGUUUUCAGUGUGGGCUUAGUCUUCUCAAAUUUUCCAUACAGUGCUGUCCAUUCUUUGUGCCAUACUAACCGUCACCAUGAAUAUUAGGUACAUCGAAAUAGCUUUUCUUAUUUUGGCAUACUGGGUUCAUUUGCUUCAAACUAAGAAAAUCAACAGCCCUCUAAUGCGUGCUCGGAGAGACUUUGAUCUAGAGGCUGUGCCUGAAACGUGCGACUUCGGUUCUGUAAUCCGGUUAACAAUGUGUUAUUGGAAUGUGCCCGAAAACAUUACUGCCGGUAACAUUCAUUGGCGAACUGGAAUGGGUGUUUCCUCGUACUGGAUCGGUGGGCCUAGGACUGACCACACUGGUGCAGAUAAGAACAGCGGUUAUGUUUUCUACGAAACAUCUGAAUUAGCAAAAGAAAUGGAAUUGCAUAAGGAUGCAAGUCGGUUAUUAAGUCCCAUGUAUAACCAUACUGGCCCAUCUGGACUGUGCCUUUCUUUUUUUUACAAUAUAAAUGGACUGAGUGCCAAAUCUUUACGAGUUAUACUCCGCAAUUCUCUUGGAGCCGAAACCAUCCUUUGGGAAAGCAAGGAUAGAUCUGAUGGUUCUUGGUAUCUGGGUGAUGUAGCAUAUAGCUACGGAGAUAAACAUCAAAUUUUAUUCGAAGCUGUGCCAGUUAAUCAGUCGCAAAAAAGGCUUACUUACAGAGGCUAUGUCGCUCUUGAUGACGUACGAUUUGAUACCAUGCCAACUAAAGAAGCAUGUAUUGGACACUGCACUUUCGAGGGAGGUUUUUGUGACUGGGAAAACAUGGAAGAGGACGAUUUUGAUUGGGAACUGGGCCGUGGAAGCACUAGUUUUCAUACUGGUCCACCGAGAGAUCACAGCAGUUACGGGAAAGAUGAACAAACAGGAGGUUUUGCUUUCAUCAAUACGGCUUACCCUCGACGACCUGGAGACACUGCUAUGCUUCGAAGUCCCAGUUUUCUCCCUACAGGUGACAAUAAUCCUCUGUGUAUGCAGUUUGCUACGCAUAUGUUUGGAAACGGAGUUGGUACUCUGCGACUGAUGCUUAAAAAUGAAGACGAAAGUGAUAAGACAGUUUGGGAAAUGUCCGGAUCUUCAGGGACCAGUUGGCACAAAGCACAAGUCACUUUAUCUUCCCUUAGUCCGUUUCAACUCUACUUAAUUGCAAUUGUGGGAAACCAGUUUGGAAAUAUAGCUAUAGAUGACAUAGCAGUGAAGCCUGGUCCGUGCCCUGUUGUACCACAAACAGCUGCUAAAGAUUCCGGUGACUGCAGUUUUGAAGAGAAUACGUGUAAUUGGAAUAACCCUGAUCCACGGGAUGGUCUCGAUGAUACCGACUGGGCGAGAGAGUAUUUCAUCGACCAAAGAGGCCCUUCUAUCGAUCACACCAGAGGCGAUGCGAAGGGCAGUUACAUGAACUUGCUUUCUGACAGGCCUCUCAUUCUGAAAGGUGGCACUAGAGCAUGGCUAGUAAGUUCUCGAUUCCAACCAACUCCUAAUCCAAGAUGUGUGUCUUUCUAUUAUUGGAUGUAUGAAAGACUUAUUGAUCCUGCUGGACUAAGUUUAGGAAGUCUUAGGGUAUUCGUUCGUCUGAUGAAGCCAGGAAAGCCAUUAUCUCCUUUAUGGAGACUGCACAAUCAUCAGGGUGAAAGAUGGUUUUCUGGCCGAGCACCUAUAGUCACAGCCAAUGAAAGAGCACCACCUCAAACGGAAUAUGAAAUAAUCUUUGAAGGUGUGUGGGGCGAAGGACGAGUGGGCAAUAUAGCAAUUGAUGACAUCACGUUUUUCGACGGCGACUGUACAACUGAACCCUUUGGUGCUGCUGCAGUGAUGGGAGAAUGCUUUUUUGAAAGAGAUAUGUGUGGCUGGACUCCGAUUUCUGAUUUCGAUGACGAAGUUUCAACGAUGGCUCCUACCACAGAACCCAAAACAGCCAACACCGUAGAGGAAAGUCCAUGGAAAAUGGCUAGACCAGAUAACAAGCCAGCAGGAUUACUUGAUCACACGUUCCGAUCUCCUGCAGGAUAUGUGUUUUUUGAUGUUUUUAAUAAGAAUGAGAUGCAAAGACCAAAAUUAAGGAGUCCUUUGCUGGAAUUGAGCUUGAGUGGAGUCCGAUGUCUUGGAUUUUGGUUCGUAGCAUUUGGGCGAAGCGAGGCAACAGCUUUAGAGGUUAUUCUUUUGGAUAUGUCGGAUCCUGAAAGCAUCAAGAAAACAGUCAUUUGGAGACUUGAAGCAAGAAACUUCGCAAACGCCAGCAGAACAGAAUGGAGCUAUGCUCAAGUAAGUGUUGAAGCGAAGGGUGAUUAUCUCCUACAUUUCGAAGGUGAAUCUUCGGACGGCGGCUUUGCUCUGGAUGAUGUCACUUUCUACGAUGGUAGCUGUCACACUAGACCUCCAGCAGCUGUCGGUAAAGGCUAACGACGCAGCUCAGUACCACUGAUUAGCAAUCCUAAAAUGCUUUGCUUUAUAAUAAUCUUUGUGAUUUCUUUCUUAAAAGAUUCCUAAAAUCAAAAAUAUUUACUGCUGCUGACAGUUUUGUAUUUCUCUUCAUACUGAUACAGCAUUAGUUAUAAAUAAUAUUAUCUUAUAUUCCUUCUUCACUUUAAGAGCAAAGAAGUAAAAAAGGAAGAGUGUUUGAAUUCUCAAUUUUGCUUUAUUCGGAUGAUGUCAUCGUUUAAAUCAAAAUCCUUUCAAAACGGAAUAACAAAAAGCAUUUGAGAAAGACACACAUGUAUCCAAAUCUUUAGAGAUAGAUGAAUAAUUUAAUGAAAUUAUGAGUUUUAAUCGCACACCAUUGCAAAAGUACUUUUAGAAUCUGUCUAGCUUCCUUGAAAGAGUUUACAUUAAUAUACGCAUUGAGCUUUUAAGCAAACUUCCACUCCAGGAAAAAAGAAAGCAUUUUCAACCUUCACUUUGGCUUCAAAUUCGUAGAGGAGGAGGAGAAGAAUUAAAAAAAAAAAAAAAAA